UCUCGAAUUCGACUUAUUUACAAAUGUAGCCGCGGUUGGCGGAUGAGACCACGCACAGACAAUAUCUGGCCAGGGACCAAUUUAAAUUCAAUCAACGACGCACUUGAGAGCGGUCCAUUAUGAUUCCUGCCGGGCAAAAGUUGGCUCCAUUCAGCACCGUUCGAGGGGAGUUUUUAGUCCAUUCACGAAGUCGUCCGCGGAAAGUUUGCUCGUCGGAGUUUCGGCACAGUUUGCGUGGAUUCGCGCGUCUGGCAGCCAGUGGGAGUGGAGGGAGCGUAGUGGAAGAUAUUAUCUAGACUCAUCUCUGCUAGAUGUCUGGUCGGGUAGCCAAAGGAUCGAAUAAAUUCCAAUUGGAUGGUGCGUUUCCAGUGCUCCCAUGGGAACUUCGAUACAGUGAGUUGAUGAAGAAAAAGGUGUGAAAAUUGUUGAUGAAUAUUCGUAAUGAGAUGCUAAAUAUAGAACACGUGAUGAGUCAAUAUGUGUAUCGAGUUGCUUCCUAAGUGAUAACAAUCUCAGUAUGGUGCUGUCCGUCGAAUGUUCCUUCAUCUGAGAUUCGGUAACGUUCACUCCGAAAGCGAAAAAAAAAACCAUCCUCGCGGUCCACAUCACCUAUGGUAAUUAAUUACCAGAACUAAUAUCGAGAAAGAGCACGUUUUCAUCGGUGAUACAUAUGGUCGCGAUAAGUAUCACGGCAAGGAUGAUCACGAUAGGGCUCUUUGCAAUUUUGUCACUUUCAUCGUUGCUAUCGAUGAGGGCUCGGGUAUUUGCACAUCAGCUACCGGCGAUUCGUCACAUCGAGGAGCAGCCAUCCCAUCAUCUGCAGCAGGACAUAAUGGAUUUCAUUGAGCUGAUUCCGUUCGACGACAUGCAGACGCUGAUGCAAUACUAUUACCACUUCGACAUCGAGGUGGAGAACGCUUUCGAUUACGUUUCCAGUGAAGAUUAUUCGCAAAUAAAGCUGGAAAUUAUGAAUCUGAGUGAAGUGCGUAGUUUUCGCCGCUAUCUGGAUAGCAUCGGUUUCAGCGUGGAACGCGCCUGGGAUGAGCUGAGUGCGCGGUUCGAUGUGGAUGACAUUUUCGCCGAGCCGGACGAAGCGAUACGAAACCUGAACUUAACCACCCGGGGACUGAACGGAUUAGUCGAUGACAUAUUAGCGCUACUGCCGCAGGAUGAGAUAAUCCUGCUUUUCUUCGAUAAGCUCGAGACCAGCAAUGAUUUCUCGUACUUUUUCGAGCAGAUCGGCAGCGGGGAGUUUGAAAGUGUGCUCAAUAUGUUGCAGAGUUCGCAACAGCUGAGGAUUCUUCUGUGGAGAUUACAGCGGCACGGCUUCGAUAUUCCCGGAUGGAUACAGCAAAUUCAGCGAUAUUUCAGCUUUAGCAGUUUCUAGCUGCGGAGGUCAAUAAAGUGCGAUCGGAU